UGUUGACCUGUAUGAGACCAGAGACUGAAUUUUCAGACUUUCGCUAGAACUUAAGGGUGCAUCCGAUAAAAUAAAAAACAUUAUGCCCAAGUGUGAUGUAAAAACUAGAUAUAUACCGGCUACAUUUGCAUGGACGUUGCUCAUCGUUGCCACUUCUUUAUUUUUUUACUAUCCGGCCCAGUAUUACCUAGCGGAUCACCCAUGGGUUCCAGCGUGCCAAGGUGUUAUCACUUUCUUCGUCUUAGCCAAUUUCACAUUAGCAACAUUUAUGGAUCCAGGAGUUAUCCCCAAAGCACCUCCUGACGAAGAUAGAGAAGAUGAUUUUAGAGCACCUCUCUAUAAAAAUGUUGACAUUAAUGGUAUUACAGUUAGAAUGAAAUGGUGUGUUACAUGUAAAUUUUACAGACCACCAAGGUGUUCCCAUUGUAGUGUGUGUAAUCACUGUAUAGAGACAUUUGACCAUCACUGUCCUUGGGUCAAUAAUUGUAUCGGAAGAAGAAACUACCGCUUCUUCUUCUUCUUCCUCAUAUCAUUAAGUAUACACAUGAUUAGUAUAUUUACGUUGAGCCUCAUCUUUAUACUAAAGAGUGGGGAUGUCUAUACUAAACCUCAACCAAUUGUAGCUAUGGUAUUAAUGGCACUGGUAGCCUUGCUUUCCAUACCUAUAUUUGGUUUGACUGGUUUUCACAUGGUUCUGGUAUCAAGAGGGCGAACUACGAACGAACAAGUAACCGGCAAAUUUAAAGGUGGAUACAAUCCGUUCUCGAGAGGUUGUUGGGACAACUGCUGCUAUACACAGUUUGGCCCGCAGUUUCCAAGCUUGAUAAAACCAAGUAAAUACAAUACGAAGCGAAAACAUUGUCCACAUGGACCGAUAGCGACGAUAACGAACGAUAGUCAAGUGAAGACGUACAUGGAUAACAGUAAUGGAGUGAGAAAUAUGAACUCGAAUGCGUAUAAUAAAAUGUCACCGGGUCGUGAUGGUUGUGAGUUAGACAUGGAGCCGUCAGCGUCCCAAUCCCAAGACUGUGAACCGACACCUCCCCUACAGAGGCACGGUUCGAAAAGUAAUUUCUUCCUACCGUCGGCCGGAAAUACCGUCGAUGGUGAAUCUCCUAGACACCCAACGCAGGUGUUACCAACUCCCGGGCGUCCUAUGCCGCAUUAUGCUCGAAGUAGUCCCCACCCCCGGCCGCGGGGUCUCGACCCGAACCGCAGCGGAACGCCCGACGUGUUGGGAGGCCAACCGCAGCGACCCUCGCCCACUAUGCAGCAGAGAAUCAAGGCGUUGGGUGUGCCGACUCCUUUGACUCUUUCAACUCCAGUUAGAAGAUCUAACCCAAGUACUCCGACUCAGCCUCGAAGGCCCGACUUCAUCGGUGUGGUUUACUCAAACCAAACCCCGCACUACUACGACUUCCAGUCCCAGGAUAACCCUGUCCAACGUCAGAUGAUGCCCCAAGGAUACGGCAGCCCCCAACGUCGCUUCAUGUCGGAAGGUGAACUGGUAAGACAAGAAGCGCAACUCUCCUAUCCUAGAUCGAACAAUACGGUGGAUAAUAUACGAGAAUUAGCGAACUCUCCUCAGAGGGGUGUUUAUAUGUGGAAAGACACUUCACCCGGAUAUCCUCCUUCAGAUUUUUACCGAUCUAACCCCACUAGCCCGACACAGCAGUAUACAACCGCCCCUAGAACUUACCACCCUGCCGCUAGAGGCGGCAUUCCCGUUUACCCGCCACAAAGUCCUCAGGUGCACAGAAAACAGUUAGGAGCGGGUACUCCCACCGUAACGGACAACAGGCGAAGACCCAUGUCGUUCGUGAGGGCGUUGGAGAUGUCUGAUACGGUGGAGAAUACCCAAUGCUCGGGGCACAUGACCCAACGGCCCCCUACUCCCGAUCGUACUAGUAUUUAUGACAUGAACUAUGAGAUCUCGGUAUAGGGCAGGUGUAGGCACUCUCGCUACGCCGAAUGAGUGCAUCUAGUUUCUCUGCAUCAGAGAUUCAGGUAAACAUUCCGUUUACUAGUGUUUUUUAUUUUGUUCGCGAUCGGUGUCAUGGAUUUGCAGAUGUGAUUCUCGUUGGCAGGCUAAUGUGUUGACGGUUCGACCACCAAUCAAUCUAAUUAUGAUAUUAUGUAUAAAAUAAUCAAUAAAUUUUUA